GAAGGGUGUGUUGCUGAAUGACUGAAUUUUAAAAGUUUCAGAUUAAAGUUUUAAAUGGUAAACUGUGACGGUACAGACCUAAUAGUAAUCAAAAUCUACACCGCACUUCAAUUAAUAGUAAUCAAAAUCUAUAUAUAAAUAUAUAUUCAUUUGGUUUUGCUAAUAUUAAAACCAUACUGCAACAAUUUUCAAUAAAUUACGUCCAAGUGACACUUUAGGUUCUUCAAAUUUUUCUUAAAACUUUAUAUUAAAUUCUUAAAUAAUAACAUGUAGGAUAAAACCACAUUAAAAAGUUGAACAACACGUACAAGAAAUUAUGAAAUGAUAUAUAGAAAUUAAAUUCAUUCCAAUGUGAAUUCUCUUAAGUUUCUCCCUAGAUGGAUAAAAGAGGGUAAUAAAUGCUAAGAAAUCAAGUAGAAAAUUAUAAAAAGGUAUAAAAUAACACCUUAUAUAUGUUUCUCUUUUAUGCAGUCAAUGUUAAGAGACCAAUUAAAAAAAGGGAUAAUAAGAACACAUGAGAUGAAUCGUGUGGAUUCAUUCAAACGGUGCAAACUCGUAUUAUAUAAUUAUAAAACACUUGUAAAAAAACUCCAUUAACAACCAAAACCAAACUUCCUUCUCUCCGCGCCUAUUCAUCUCGUCACAAGGAGAGAGAGACUCACUCACUCACUCACUCUUCUUCUUCAUCUCUCUCUCUUUCGAUUUUCCCGGGAAAGGAAAAUAAUCGAACGCAGUAUAUGUCCUUCCUCUUUCGGAGAACAGAGAAGUAAAAUGGAUAAGCAUCAGUACACGAGACUCUCUUUCCUAUCGAUCUGCGUCGGAUCAAUCGCACUCGUAUUCGCGAUCUCUCGCUGCUCGAUCUCCUUCUUCGACUACUCUCUUCAGAAACUCGAGUUCUCUUUCCCUGAAAGCGAGCUGCGACGAAGCUUUUACAAUGCGGGGGACGAAAACAGAGCCGUGGAUUCUCGUGACGUCGUCUCUCAGCAGAUCCUCUCCGUCAGAUCGAGGAACGCCACUUUGCGGAGUAAACCGGAGAAGAAGAAUAAGCUAAACCGGAGAAGAACGGUGGAAGUAGGACUAAGCAAGGCAAGAGCUUCGAUACGAGAAGCAGCUUCUUCUAACCGUAACGCUACAUUGUUCAGCGUUGAUCUUCCCAACGCACAAGUCUACCGUAAUCCCUCGGCUUUAUCUCAGAGUUACUUGGAGAUGGAGAAGAGGUUUAAGGUGUAUGUAUACGAAGAAGGUGAGCCACCGUUAGUUCACGACGGACCUUGCAAGAGUGUAUACGCGGUUGAAGGCAGAUUCAUUAUGGAGAUGGAGAAAAGUAGGACUAAGUUCCGUACAUACGACCCUGACCAAGCCCAUGUUUACUUCUUGCCCUUUAGUGUUACUUGGCUGGUCAGUUACUUGUACGAAUAUAACUUUGACGUUGAACCUCUCAGAACGUUUGCUUCUGACUACAUCAGAUUGAUAUCUAGUAAACACCCUUUCUGGAACCGAACCAGUGGAGCUGAUCACUUCAUGCUUGCGUGUCACGAUUGGGGACCUCUCACUUCAAAAGCCAAUGAAGAUCUCUUCAACAAAUCAAUCCGAGUCAUGUGCAACGCAAACUCAUCAGAAGGGUUCAACCCCGCAAAAGACGCGACUCUCCCUGAGAUCAAACUCUACGGUGGUGAAGUUCAUCCCCAACUCCGCCUCUCUAAAACGCUAAUGACUUCCCCAAGGCCACACCUCGCCUUCUUCGCAGGUGGAGUCCACGGUCCGGUCCGUCCCAUUCUCUUAGACCACUGGAAACAACGUGACCCUGACAUGCCCGUGUUCGAAUACCUUCCAAAACACUUGAACUACUACGACUUCAUGAGAAGCUCAAAGUUCUGUUUCUGUCCCAGUGGCUACGAGGUAGCUAGCCCUAGACUCAUCGAAGCCAUCUACUCCGAGUGCAUCCCCGUCAUCCUCUCCGUUAACUUUGUCUUGCCCUUCAGUGAUAUCCUUCGCUGGGAGACUUUCUCUGUACAGGUCGACGUCUCAGAGAUUCCGAGGCUGAAGGAGAUUCUAACGUCCAUCUCCGAUGAGAAAUACCAAAGUCUUAAACGUAAUUUGAGGUACGUGAGGAGACAUUUCGAGCUCAACGAUCCACCUAAGAGGUACGAUGCGUUUCACAUGACGCUUCACUCCAUUUGGCUACGUAGGCUUAACUUGAGGCUCACGUAAAGAGAGAACAGAUACGUUAGCUCGUAUAAAAAAAAACAUUUUGUUAGCUUUCUUUUAACUCAUGCUUCACAAGUGUAGUAGUACCAUAACGUCUAGUAUAGAUAACUGGAGAACAUACAUUUGGUGUUAUUACUAUAAACCAAUGGUGAGUUUAUUGCAAA